AUGGCGUCUUCUAAUUCUAGCUCCGAAUAUCUUGAGACGUAUUCAACCCUGUUUUACCUUAAUGUAGCACAACUUCCAUUGUCUGUCCUUGCGAACGCCUUUACAUACUGCAUUCUUCGCUAUUCAACAAGUGGCUUCGACUCUGUGACCAAAAUGCUUCUUAUUGCACUGACCGUAUGCUAUGCGGCCUACGGGGUUGGCCAGGCGAUUACAUCACUCCUCCAGCUUGUCCCCAUGUCUGCCGAGGCCGGAUUUACCAUCUGCAUCUACCAAGGUGUGUUGACUUUUCCUUGGUUCUUCGUGACAUUGACUGUUACCUGUCUUCUUAAUCUAAACCGUUAUAUAAUGGUUGCAAAACCCCUUCGGUAUCAUCAUAUUGUUACUGAUCGAAGGGCCGUUGUAGUCAUGUCCGUGUCCAUAACUUCCUCGAUUCUUCUAUCCAUUGUGGGGUUGCCUAUACCCAAGACACCUUCAGGAUACUUCAUGUUGAACUUCUGUAGUUCAAAUAUGGAUGAACUCAAAGCCAAUUUCGUCCUGAUUUUUUGCGUUUCCUUCUUGCUGAUAGCAGUGUUUACAACAGUCGUUUCAACAGUGAGCUUGCUGGUCAUUGCCCGAAAGCAAUCGAAGGCGAUUGCAGAUGGGGAGAUCGCGGUGACUGCAGCGGGUAGCACGGUUAAACAGCGCAAGGACCGCAAUGACACCUCAGCUGAUGCUGGAGAGGAAAUGGCAACGACUAGGAGACAACGGAAGAGCAACAGAAGAGCACUUUUGACCAUCUUUCUCCUGAACGUUGUCAUCUUUGUCUCCUGGUUACCUCUCGCCAUCUUCUUUGUCUUGAUAGGCGUAGGUGCCAAUCUUCCUCCAGUCUUUGCAAGUGUGCAUAUGUUUCUGUCUAUGUCUACAUCGUGGUGGCAUUGCCUAGUCUACCUUAUUACAAAUAAGAUGUUCCGGGAGACAGCCAAAGAUGUCUUUAAGAAAACACUCGGAAUAUACUGCUUAACUACCACGAAAUGA